AUGUCGGAAUUUACGCCAGUAUUGAUCACCCUCCCAAACGCGACUGCACCAGCACUCUCUGCAGAGAUCUUACCUUAUGGACUGUUUGUGAGAUCCAUCUAUGUGGUUGCUGAUGGGAAAACACAUGAUAUUGUUGUAAAUCCUUUCGAUGCGAAAGAAAAUGCGAAAGGCAGAUCGUUCCUUAACCCCGUAGUCGGGCGGUACACGAACCGCGUUCCGGCCGAGAAGAUGACUGUAGAGAGAUUGGGUGCGAAAGCAGAGGUCACACCUAUCGCGACCGAGUCCCCGACUGUGUCUUUGCAUGGCGGUCCUAAAGGCUUCGAUAUCGCCAUCUGGGAGCAUGUCCCAGUCAAGCAGGCAACAUUGUUUUCUUCCAGCGAGACUGAAGCUUUGCCUGAAGGAUCGGCCGCCAUUUUCCGACACAUUAGCCCCGAUGGCGAUGAAGGCUAUCCUGGAAAACUUACUACUGAAGUUCUCUUCGCCAUCGUUCCUCCCAGCAAAAACCAACCAUUUCAGCUUGGUUCUGUGUUGAUCGUCUACCGAUAUAAAGUCGAAGGCAAGGAUGGAGCCGACAUCGUUACACCAGUGAACCUUACCCACCACUGGGGCUUCAACCUUGACGCAUCCCUAACUGCACCCGGAGAACCCACUCCGGAUGUUAAGUCGCAAUUAUUAACGAUAAAGGCAGAGAACACUCUAGAACUGGACAGUGUUGGUCUAGCCACUGGAAAGCUCUCCCCUACAGCUGGAACGCCAUAUGAGCACAAUGAUACGCCGAUAGGACAGAACUUCCCCUCCAAAGGAUAUGAUGAAUUUUAUCUCAUUAAUCCUGUUGCACCUCCGGAUGCUCAGCCUACCCGUCUUUCCCUAUCUAACGUCGGAGGAACGAAUCUCGUCGAACCUCUGCUAACUUCCGGUCCGGGUAAUCACCCAGUUGUGCUCCGCAGCACAAAGACCGGCCUGAAACUUGGAUUUGAUUCUAACCAGGCGGGUGUUCAACUCUGGACGUCCAAUUCGCUUGACGGUUCGGGAACUCGUAAGAAGAUCCAUGGAGGAUCCGAGGAUGGAACGGGAUACACGGCGCAUGCUGGCGCAUUCCUCGAGUUCCAUGAUCCUCUUGCCGCUUGGCUCCAUUCUUAUGGUGCCGAACCACAUGUGAUUGAUACUCUUUUACACUCGAGCGAGCUCGGCCAUGCAUACGUACGGUUGGACGUAUUGUACGAGAAACCUUGA